GGGCGGGCCUGAUGGCGGCGAGUUCCGUGUUUACACCCGAGAGGACGGCGAGCAGAGCGCGGUGUCACUGAGCGAGAGGGCAACGUCGACAGAAGCGGGGCGGCGGGGGAGAGAAGAAGAAGAGGGAGAGAAGAAGAGGAGGAGGAAAGGAAGAGAGAAAGAUGCAUUUGGCGGCUUGAGAACGGCUUGCUCCCAGAAUUAAAUCAAGGAAGGCGCAAGGGGCGGCAGGCAGGCGGCGAAGACGACGGGCGCUUGUGUGUUGGCCGCCCGCGGAACGGGAUGUUUUCCAGAAAGCCUCAUGGAGACGUCAAGAAAUCUACACAGAAAGUUCUGGACCCAAAGAAGGACGUGCUGACCCGCCUCAAGCACCUGAGAGCUCUGCUAGAUAUUUUGGAAAGAAGCGAACUGAAACAGUUCUUCGAAAUCAACUACUCUCAGAUUUAUUUUAUAUUCUUUGAAAACCUGUGCACACUGGAAAGUAGUUUAAAACAAAAAGGGAAUAAGUCACAGAGGGAGGAGCUGGACUCCAUUCUCUUUGUAUUUGAGAAAAUACUUCAACUUCUUCCUGAGAAGAUCAACAAUAGAUGGCAAUUUCACAGUAUAGGCUCAAUUUUGAAGAAACUUCUGCACACUGGAAAUUCUGUUAAGAUAAGAUGUGAAGGAAUUCGCCUCUACCUACUUUGGCUUCAAGCACUGCAAGAGAACUCUUCUGAUGAACAGCUGACAUUGUUUGCGUGUCUUGUUCCUGGUUUCCCAGCUGUUUCAUCGCGAAUUGGUCCAUGUACUUUAGAUACUCUUAUAAAUCCUUCUUACAAUAUAUCUGAUGUAAAAAUUGCUGCAGAAGAUAUUACUCCCCUGUUACCUUCGGUUUUGGGAGAAAAGAUAUCGGAAGACCAGACUUCAUAUAUACUUCAAAUUGUUUUGAAGUACAUGGUCAUUCAGGCCGCAAGCUUGGAAUGGAAGAAUAAGGAAAAACAAGAAAGUGGUUUCAAAUUUCUUUUUGCCUUAUUUAAGAAAUUCUACCUUUCCCAUUUAUUUCCAUCCUUCACAAAAUUUACCAAUCUUUACAAUCCUGUACUUGAAAUUCCUCAAAUGAGGCCAAAACCACUGUAUAUUAAUAUAACACGAAACAAUGAAAGCAUUUACAGCACACGGGACCAGUACUUGGCAGCUCGGGUGGCAUUUAUUAAGUGGCUUGUGACCUUUUUUCUGGAAAAGAAAUACACUGCUUCAAGUCAAAACACUAAGAAUGGUGGAGAAGUGCUGCCAAAAAUUAUCCAGCAGUCAGUGACUGCCAACCCAUCAGGUCAAGAGAAAGCCACUGAAUUGGAAACAAAUGGAUCCACUGAGCAGGAUCGAUCUCACUCCAAUAGCAGUACACUAUCUGACAGAAGACUCAGUUGUUCCAGUACCUGUAGCAUUGAAGAGGAACAUCGGCCAGUUUAUGAUAUGGUUCAGCGAGUACUACUUUCAUCUCAAGCAAAUGUGAAUUUUAUCAAUGAAGUUUUUCACCAGGGGUUUUUGCUACCUUCCUGUGAAGCAUCAGCAAUAAAAAAAGUUGUGAAGGUUUAUCGGAAAUGGAUCUUGCAAGAAAAUAAACCUCCAUUCAUGGCGGAGCCAGAGAUCAUUGACACCGACGAAGAUACAGUCGACCAUUCGGAGCAGCAUUCUUUAACACUGACAGAUAAAGAGGAGUCCAUUCAACACUCAAAACACAGGCGCACAUCCAGCUGGGGGAGAACAUAUUCAUUUACAAAUGCUAUCAACCGUGGCUGUAUAUUUGAAGAGGAAAAUGGAAAUGUUCAGGCUGGUAUUCAGUCAACAUUGCAGGUUUUUUUGACAAAUUCUUCAAAUGUAUUCCUGUUGGAGCCCUGCAAUGAUGUCUCAAAGAUCCUAGAUGAACAGAUUGACGUGUGCAGGGCAGUCCUGAGUAUUUAUAGGCACAUGAUCAUGGAAUUAACCAUGAGUAGAAAGACGUGGGAACAACUUUUACGUGUUUUGCUCAAGAUCACUGAAACAAUUAUGCAAAAGCAGCAGGAUUUGCACAAACGGGAUAUUUUUGCAGAAAGUAUGGCUGAACUACUUUUUCGGACCCUUAUUGUUGCUUGGAUCCGGGCUAAUUUGAGUGUGUACAUUUCAAGAGAGCUAUGGGAUGAACUACUGUCGGUGCUAUCAUCUCUGACCAUGUGGAAUGAACUGAUCACUGAGUGGGCAAAGAUCAUGGAUUCUCUCACUGUGGUGUUAGCAAGAUGUGUAUAUGGGUUGGAUAUGAAUAACUUGCCACUGGAUAAGCUGAGUGAACAAAAAGAGAAAAAACAACGAGGAAAAGGUAUAUAUCAAGAUCUUAGUAAGGUAACUGGAGUAGGUAGGUCCUUUUCUCUAAGUUGGAGAAAUCAAGCUGAUGGCACACAAGAACAUAUGCGAUUUAGAAGUGCAACUACCUCUGGUGCUCCAGGUGUUGAAAAAGCCAGAAAUAUUGUCCGUCAAAAAGCAACAGCUAAGCGAAGUCAAUCUAUCAGCAACUGUGUGCAUCUUUGUGAUGCUUUGCCAAGCACCAAAAGUGUGCCUCUGCUGCUUCAUACUGUGAGCUCUCUUUUACCUGGCAUCACUCAUGUCUCUUCCUCUCAGAAACUGUCAGAAGAUGAAGAGCCCCCGCAAACAGACUAUUUAUCAGAUGCAGACGAAAUGAUUACUGGCACAACAGUAGAACAAGAACAACAACAACAACUCACCCAUAGCAGCAGUACGUCUGACAUUGCUGAACAGCUAUAUGCUGAUCAGAUGCAAGAACAAAGAGGGGAGCACUCAUCUAGCUUCAGUAAUUCUGAUUCAAAGAUUACUGUUGCUGAACGCAGAAGGUCUGGAGGGAAAGAGAAUGAGGCUCCAAUUAUCACAAUAUGUAGAAGCAGCAGCCCAGGUGAUGUCGAAAGUAAUCCAGAUGAACUUCAGACAUCUCAAGAAAGAUUCAAAUUGAGAGCAAAAAGUGAGAGUAUUAAUAGUGAAACAUCCAAUGGUUUUAAUAAUUUCAAUGAAACGGAGAUUUCCUUAACUCAGUGGAAGACAUUUGAUGAAGGAUCAGAUAUCAGUGUGGCAGAUGUUGCUAUUGAUGCAGAUACAACUUACAGUUGGCAGAAGAUGAAUUAUUCCAAAGCUACCAUUCUUGCAGGAUUAGGCACUACACUUCCAACCUGUGUAGAGCCACAUCUUCCCAGCAUUUCUUCAGCUUACUCCAUACAACCUGAACCUAAAGAUUCAGCCACAUUGGAUGAGAAACUGCAAAUUCCUGAUGAUCUGGGGAGUGGUGAAUACCUUGCAGAUGAGUGCAGUAUUAUUGCUGGAGGAAACCUCAUUGGUUGGCACGCUGAUGCAGCCGCCGUGCUCUGGAGAAGAAUUUUGGGCAUUUUGGGUGAUGUCAAUGGCAUCCGCAGCCCUAAAAUCCAUGCCAUGGUUUUUCAAUAUUUAAAUGACCUCUGGCACAAAUUAGCCAAGAUUCGAGACAACCUUGGUGUCAGUUUAGAUAAUCAGGUUUCACCACAAUCUCCACUUCUGAGUCCACCCCUUCGUAUGUUUAUGUCCUGGUUAUUUAAGGCAACAACUUUGCCCAAUGAAUACAAAGAAGGGAAACUACACGCAUACAAGCUAAUCUGUGACAUUAUGACAAAACGCCAAGAUGUCUUGCCAAACACUGAUUUCCUCGUGUACUUUUAUCAUGUGAUUCACAGAGGCAUUGUAUGCGAAGAUCAGGACGUGCUGAAUAUACUUACUAAGCAUUGUUCCCCUCGCUUCUUCUUACUUGGUUUACCUGGUUUCACCAUGAUGAUAGGAGAUUUCAUCACAGUUGCCACCCAAGUUCUCAACUCAGACAUGCCAGAUGCACCGCGUUGUGAAGCUCAAAUUCUUCUUGGAUCCCUGGUUUGUUUUCCCAAUCUGUACCAACAGAUGUCACUGCUACAGCCUGUUAGUGGCGCCACUGACAUUAUCACAGGGAAUGAAGAUAUCAAGGAUUAUUUGGUAAAUAUUCUGAUGAAAAAUGCAAGGAAUGAAACUUGUGAAACUGCACGCUGCAUCGCAAUGUGUAGUCUUGGAAUUUGGAUUAGUGAAGAACUGGUGCAGUGCACAAACCAUGGUCAGGUCCAAGAUGCACUCAAUGUUUUAGGUGUGACGCUUAAGUUUUCCAAUAAAGUGGUUGCUGAAGUGGCUUGUGACAUGCUGAAGCUGUUAGUUACACAUAUGGAAAAGCUUAAGAAGUAUGAAUCGCAGCUCCCCAAAAAAGUUGCUGAGAUUCUCGUUGCCACGAUUGCAUUUCUCCUGCCCAGUGCAGAACACUCAUUUGUUGAUGCAGAUAAAAGGUUAAUAGUAUCUCUACUGCUUUGUCUCUUGGAUUGGUGUAUGGCAAUGUCUGUUGAUGCCUUGUUGGAACCUAUUAGUGCAACUUUGAUGGAAGACCAAUUGGCACGCCGAGCACCAUUAUUAGACUAUAUCUACAGGGUAUUACACUCCUGUGUUUAUGGCUCUCACCACUACACCCAACAAAGUCAAUACCUCCUGACUCUUGCUGAUGUCUCCUCUACAGAAUAUGAUCCAUUUUUGACAUUGGGGAAUGUAAAAAAUUCUGAACCAGCACAUUCAUAUGGCUCAAAGGACGUUGGCAGCCUCCUUACUGUCACUGAAAAUAAGAAGAGAAGAAGUUUGGAGUUGAUCCCUCUUACAGCGCGUAUGGUAAUGACGCAUCUGAUCAACCAUUUGGGUCACUAUCCACUCAGAGGAGGUCCUGCCAUACUUCACAGCCUCAUCAGUGAGAACCACGACAACCCAUAUGUUGAAUCAUCAGACCUGUCUUCUGAGGUGUUCAAAAGCCCAAAUUUGCAACUUUUUGUCCUGAAUGACAGCACCCUAAUUUCUUACCUUCAAAUUCCUGCUGAAAAAGUAAUGUUAGAAAGGACGUCUGGUAGUGAGCCAAGCCUUCCUGCGUCCGAUGUGAGGGUAAUUGUGCGUGAUAUCUCCGGAAGGUAUUCUUGGGAUGGUCGGAUCCUAUAUUGUCCGUUCAGCAAUCCGAUGUCCUGCUCGAAAGACUAUAGGACGUCCCCACCUACGAAUGUUAAGUUUGUGGUUGAUGGUCUGUCUGACGUGCAGAAUCCCGACUGCAGUACUUGUCAAACGGAGCAAGAUGAUCUUGAUCAGCUGCUUGAAAACUUGGUCAACACCAGUCCAGAAUGCUUGCCACAUCCUUGGCUGGGACUCAGUGAGCCAGCACCACCACCCGUUGGAAUGAACCAUGAUCAAGAAAGGAACAUAAUGGAUGCCAUAUUGGGACAGAGCAAUCAGGAGGAGGAAUACAUUCAGAGGUGGAGCAAGGAUCAUUGUAUGAGUGUGGCCAGUCAAAAAGAAUCUACUCAUCAUGAACCUCAGGCACCCUUUUACUACUGUAGACUGUUUCUUAAUGACAUGGGAAUGAAUUCUUGGGACCGAAGGAAUAGUUUCCAUCUCCUGAAGAAAAACUCAAAGCUACUAAGGGAACUAAAAUAUUUGGAUUCAAGGCAGUGUCGGGAAACCCAUAAAAUUGCAGUGUUUUACAUCAUGGAAGGACAGGAAGACAAGUGCUCAAUUCUUACAAACACUGGAGGAAGCCAAGCCUAUGAAAAUUUUGUCUCUGGGCUAGGCUGGGAGAUUGACCUGUCUACACAUUGUGGUUUUAUGGGUGGUCUGCAACGUAAUGGAAGUACGGGCCAAACUGCACCUUACUAUGCUACCUCUACAGUGGAAGUCAUUUUCCAUGUUUCAACAAGAAUGCCGUCUGAUUCUGAUGAUUCAAUAACUAAAAAGCUUCGUCACUUGGGAAAUGACGAGGUUCACAUCAUAUGGUCAGAGCACACAAGGGACUAUCGCAGGGGAAUCAUUCCUACGGAUUUUGGUGAUGUCUUAAUCGUCAUCUAUCCUAUGAAAAAUUGCAUGUUCUACAUUCAAAUUUUAAAGAAACCAGAAGUCCCAUUUUUUGGUCCCCUCUUUGAUGGAGCCAUUGUAAAUGAAAAGCUUCUGCCAAGUCUCGUUCGUGCGACAGGCAUCAAUGCAAGCCGAGCUGUGAAGUGUCUCAUACCCCUUUACCAGAGCUUUUAUGAAGAAAGAGCUCAAUAUGUUGAAGCAAUAGUCCAGCAACAUAAAGAGAUGAUGCCAUUUGAAGAUUUUGCAGCCCAAGUCUUCGCUCCCUCCCCAAGCUACUCCUUCAGUAACAUGGAUUUAAAUAUUUAAAGGUCUGAUUACAGUUAUUGCUCAAGGUUAUUUCUGAUGGAAGUCAAAGCACUGAUGUGGGAACUGGACCAGCAGAUCACCUGCCCCCAACACUGCCACACACCACACAAAACGGAGUCUCUGGGGAAUCUUGCUGUUCUGCCAGUUCACCUAAUAACCAUUUAAACUGAGGAAUUUUGCAGUGACAAGUUGCAAGCUGAGACUUGCUUUUCCACCUCUUCAUUUUUCUACCAUUUUACAGUGCUGAGAAUGACAUUCAUUUUAGAUAUGAUUUGAACCUGCUUUCUUUCUUUGAUAUCAAAUUGAACCAGAGAAGUUUCCACAACCUCGGUUGUCAUUGGAUUCCCCAGAUAAGAUGCCAAUAAUAUUAAGUUGUUGUGUUAGAAGAGUGACAUGUCAGUCUCUCUGCCUCUCAUGGGAUUAAUGUCAUGCCCAUGCUAUAAUAAUAUUAACGUAUCACAUUAUCGUAUCACUUGCCAUGUACAGUCAUUGCUGGCUACAUGAAAAGACUAUGUGAUAACAAGCAUACUCAUAGAGUCCAACACAAUCUGGUAUAAUUAGGGCAACUCAAAGAGACUGAAAAUAGAUUCAGCAUACCUGUAUGGUUGUGGCGCUCGGAUAUAUCAAUACCAAACACUCCAAAAUAUAUAAAAAUCUUGGCCCUUCAGUGUUUCUAAUUGAUAUUAUACCACUUUUGGGAAAGGGAGUUCAUUCCUCAAUGGUAGACUUGUACGUAAUUGUUACUAGGAAGCUUAACAGGAUAUUAAAAGACAGAUGUCAUUUCCUGGUAUUAAAUUUGUGCUGUGCAAUAUGUGCAUAUAAGGAUGUUUACCAUAGCACCUCUUUUGGCUAAGUAUUACCUACCUGCCCUCUAUCCAUUAUCUGCCUCCUUUCUUGCAUUCCUUUUUAUUCAUUUCCUAAAAUGUGACUACUACAAUAACCAAGUACAGGAAAGUGAAUUGGAAGUUAAGAGAAGCUCUGCUGCUGAGGACUGGAACAUUAAGUGAAGCAGUGGACUGGUCACUUGCAUGCACACAUCACUUGGUCUCACUGUAUUUGACUAUUUGCAUUGAAUUUAAGUGUCCGUGUACAAACAAAGCAAAAAGCCUUUCUCAAUUCAUUUUAUAUUGUUUCUUGUAACACCAACAUCAAAGAAAGAAUAAAGUUCAGAUUUAUACCUAAGUUUAUAUGUUGACUUUAAACUAUUUGCUCUUUACAAAUUAUAAGCACAAAAUACACCAGGAGGAUGAUACAAAACAAGAACCUGAGCUAAUUUGGAGAUUAAAGCAUACCAUCGGUAGCUUAUUUAGAGUAUGGCGUAUUACUGGACAAAGGUUUAUUUGCAAUUCUAACAAACCUUUAACCUGAAACUCUUAACUGAGUGCCUCCUGUCAAUCAUAUCCAAGCAAAAACUAUACAAAUAUUUUUUUUUUUUAAAGUGCAACAAAAGAGUUACAUUUUCUUGUUCCAAUCUUUUUGUGCAGUUUUUGCCUUGUUUGCUUGCCUGAUAUUUAGUUGUCUUUUCAGAAAGUAAUAUGGCUGCAGACAAUAUAAUACUUCCAAAGGUGCUGCAUUAUGGAAAUCAUUGUUUAAUGGCCUAAUUCUGAAAAUUUUGAAUAAACAUCCAUCAGGUUGUUAAGGGUCUUCGCCACCCAAAUAACCUUCACCACGCAGUUCUGAAGCACUGAAUUACAGGACCUAAGAACUGAUGUUUGUUUUCAUUAAGCCGCUAAACAGCAAGAGAACACAGGCAAAUCACUGUAUGUUUAGAUGCCUAAUUUGGUAGCUUUUUGAAUAAGGAUUACCUGUCACUUCUUGUAUCUUAAAAAUGAUGACAAAUAGAAUAGUAACUCCAUUAAAAUUAUGUCUAUAUGUGCGUGUGCAGCUCAUUUCAUUUUAUAUCAUACUCCUGAAAAUCUUUGUCUUCCUGUAUGCUUCAAUCAGCAAUUGACAUAUGGGUUACCUGGACUAUUUAUAACUCAGAUUAUGUUUUGUUUGAAUACUCUAAACAGAAGAUAUGUAAGGAUUUAAUUUGAUUUUCCAAAUUCAGUCGAUGUCUACUAAUGUUUUGUUUUGCAAUGACAACGUUAAUGUUCUGAAGGGAUGUUCCUUUGGCGUUCAUCUCUAAUUAUAUGGCAGUAGUUUCCUAUUGCACUUAUACUUUGUGUACCGGUCAAGUGAAUGUGUGCUCUUUGGUUGUCAGAUGCUUUGUACGAUGCUUUAUUUUUAUUAUAUAUGUAAAUAUGGAGAAAUAUUUGAAAGCGGAAUAUAAGAAAAGCAGCGUUUGUAAGUUAUGAUUCAAAUGUUUCAUCUUGCUGUUGGCUUUUGUCAAUUAUUGUGCUUGUUUUAAAGAAACCAGCGGGAGCCUCCGAUGAUCAUUACUUGGCAUUUGGUGCAUGAAUCUGAGAUGCAGUCUUGCAGUGUUAUAGUAAUUCAUGCUUCACGUGACCCCCUUACUUACCAAGUUACAGCUAAGAUUGUACCUUCUAUCGCACAUCAUUUGUAAAUAAUUAGUUGUAAGCCCAACUCUGUUUUAUCUGUUUACUUGGUCAACAACUAUUUUUAAAGAAUAUUUCUCAAUAGGAACCUACUUUGCAGCGUUUUUACAAAUGUUUCUUUAAAAUUCUGUAACUUUAUAAUGUAAAGCAAAAUUAAAGAUGUGCACCCAGUUUUGAAGAUAUUUCCUAGUUUGCAUGUUCUCCAUCUGAAGGUGAAGAUUCUCACAAGUUUCCUCCUUGAUUUGCUAAUAGAAAUCCUCAGUUUCUAAAGUUAAAUAGUGUCAAGUUAAAGAUUCACUUUUUCAAUGUGAAUGGUCUUCCUGUCUAAAUUAUGACUUGGUUACUUGAUUUAUGCCCAGGUGUUUUUGACCUCACAAAUAACUUAAUUUAUGGAAUUAGAGAAAUUCUAAUCCUGAUAUAUUACCAAUCAAUCUGAAGAGGUUCUUUCAUUCAAUGUAAACUGCUCAGUUUCUUUCUAGUCGUUUUAGAAGUUUUUGUGGAAUUAUUUUGAAGCAGAAGAUGUCUUCUGUUCAGUGAACAAACCUGCCCUCUUCUGACUUUUCCAUUCUAGCGUGUCACCGACUAAAUAUAGAUGCGCGAAUCCCUUUGAUGAAGAUACCACUUUGAUAAUGCAAUAUUAUUCAGCAAUACUUGAACUUUGUUUAAUUAAUGGGGUUUAACUUAGGGACCUUCAAAAGCAAUAAAAACCUAAAGUAUUUUUGUUGUCACAAUUACUUUACUCCAACGUGCUUAGCUGCUCAUUGGAUUAUUUCUAGUUUUUAUUAAUGUAUCAGAAAAUAAUGACAAUAGUUUCAUGUAACACCGGGGCAGUUUAUAUUUUAAAAAUCAAAGAUUUGGACAAAAAUAACAGGAAAAUUUAGUAUGGUAAUUUUGUAAUGAUGUAUGGUGCUGUUAUCCUGCUCGAAAGCCAUUUCAUAUUUAUGCUUAAGCAAAAAGUUGCUUGACAUCACCCAGGAAAGGUUAGGAACACAAAACAUUUAAUCCUCAUCUUAACUUUUAAUGUCAACUUAAUAUGCUCAAAUUUUGUAGAAAUGGGUUACCUCAGAAUUUUUUGUGUUGUAUAAAGGCUGCACUAUUUCAUUGAAAGCACUGGUCUUGGGGCAUUUCACUUCUGAGUUUCCCCCAAAAGACUGAGGUUUCCCUUCUGGGCAUAGGAAGGAGAUUAGUGAAGCAUCACAGCUGAAAUUAAAAUCAUUAAUCAUGAACAUCCAUACUUAAUCUUACUAUAAGAUAGAACAAACUAUGAGUUUCUUAAUCAAAGGGCAUCAUUGAUGAAAAUGGUUCUGCAUCAUAAACUAUAAUCCAGGAAACCACUUGUACCAGAGAAAAUGUAAUCAGACAAAAUGUUAUAAUGUAAUGCCAUGUUUAACUUGAAAUACUUUCUGCAUAAAUUUAAAAUAAUGCUCAGAUCUUGUAUGUAUACUGUUCAAAUGUCUGAACUUUAUCCAUUUUUUUCUGUUCCAAUUAAGAAAGAAUGACUAGUUUUACAUAUUUUGUCACUCAUCGGGUGAAGUAAGUCGUACUGUAUUUGUGUGUGCUUUCUGAUAUAUUAGGCAGUUGAACUGAGAUUUUUAGAUGUUGCAGUAUUGUGUUUUCAUAUCUAUAUAUUUCCCAGAAAAUAUCCCAAUAUAUCCUUGAUAAAGCCAUAAUACCUGUAGGAAUAUCAGUACAGUGUGGAUUUUGAAACCAAUCCCUUGGUUAUGUUUUCUGGCACCGAUUUAAGUUAUUUACAAACAGAAAUAUUUCAAUUUAUAAUGCACCUCUGUCUGACUUUUUGCAUUUCUUUCCCUCUUGCCUCCAUCCCUAAUCUGUUUUCACUGCUGCCUACAGCGUGGAAGCUGGAGAAAAUAAAGCUGUUGGAAAGUUUAGUUUGCAAGUUAAGUGGAUUUUCCAAAACAGAUGAAAAGAUGCUUUUAAAAAUUCAAAGUUCAAAAUUCUGGCUCCAGCAAUUCAUCCAGCACCAUCUUUGAAAUAGUCUGGAGAUGGGAACUAUUUCAGGUUUCCCCAGGAGCAUGCUGUCCUAGGUGGUAGGUAAGCCUAAUUCCGGUAAUCAAUUAAAUCUUCAGUCUCUUCGCCGCAUAUGAAAUACACAUUCUACUGUGCAACUACUUGCAUCCAAUGCAUCUAUUUUUGAUGGACUAGUUUGUUGCUUUCCCAACUCAUUGAUAUUGUGUUCUUCCAGUUGUUCAAAUCAUUCUUGUUUUUUAAAAGGAUAAAUACAUGAAAUAGUAUGCAGUGCCGACUGUAUGAACCAUCUCUCCCGGGUGAUGAUGUUUUUAAUCAUGCAGUGAAUUUUAAGCUUAGUUCACUGUCGUAUAAUAGUUAUUGGUACUUGCCUGUGAAUAUUAUAAUGAGACUUGUCAUUCAUCAGAAGGUGUGAGGAAGCUUCCUGAGGAUGGUGCAAACACCUCUCUUGAAUGGUUCUGCUCAAUAGGUUGGCUCAACAUCCGGUGCUGCUUGAACAGAAGAAAUACUUUAAUGUGCACUUUGUUCCUUUUACACAUAUCACAUCCAAACACUGUCACAGUUUAUUCUCUACGUGACAGUGUGUUAUAGAAUGAAUUGUAUGAUUUUACUGGCAUGUUGUACAGAAAGGGCAAUUUUAUCUUUAUUCACUUUCCAUUUAAAGAUGUCUACUGGUGUACAUAAUACAUCAAUGCUGCUUAAUUAAUUUUAUGAUUCAGAAUCUCUACUUUUCCUAUGUAGUAUUUAAAGGUGGAUUUUUUUUUAACACAUUCCACCACUAUCCAAACAAAUAAAGGCAGAGCGUUUAUAAUUAUUAUUUUUAAACAUUGUUGUGAUAUCAUGCAUCCAACGACAAAAGCAGAAUCUAGAUUAUACCCUUUUCAGCAGAAGCUUCAUGGAAACAUCCUGCUGAACCCAUCUCCUUGACCUCGAAUAAAGGUGUAGCUCUAAGGUAUAAAAAAAUAACCUAUAAUUUCCAAAAAGUUUAAACAACAUUUGUGUGUUACCGUAUUUGAUUGAUGGACACAAUCUUUUAAUUUUAAAAGUUUAUAGAAUCUAUUAUAAAACAGGUAAUUGAAGUAUGAAGCUGACUGUUUUGGCUUUAUGCACUAAAUUUACUAUUGCCAUCUCUGUGCAAUCAUGAGAAAAUGUGAAUAGCCGUGUAAGCAUUAAGAAAUUGCAUCUUUUUUCUGGUGUGACACAUCACCACAAACUGAUUUAGGAAAAGGUGAAUAACUGGAAAGAAAAAUGAUGUGGACAUUUGCACUCAAACACUUACACAUAUUGUUGUCAUGACACAUUUACAAAGACUUUGAUUUUGCAAGUUUGCAUUUUCAAAUAACUCAUUUUAGAGUCAUUUUCCGUUUCUUAGUCUGUGAAACCAUAGAUUUUAAAAGGAGGUUGCAUUUAAAAAUAUCAAAUGUUUUUAAGGUGAAAGUUCAGCAUACCUUUGUUAUGUGAAUUGUCAUGGAAAGGGAAUUCAUUAAAAAUUUUGAUUUCAAUCCAA